UUACCUGUUGACGUCAGAGGAAGGUGUGUCUUGGGCGCUAUAAAGGUGGUUGUAUUCCAGAAAUUUACUGAGUUGUAGUCAGGCUGGCUCGAGUCUCCUACAUUUUUUAGUGUACUUUAUUCUUCAACUUUCAAAACCAACAAAGAUGUGUGGAAUCUUCGCUUACUUGAACUAUCUGACUCCCAAGAAGAGGGAGGAAAUCUUGGAACUUCUCAUCCGCGGCUUGGAGAGACUCGAGUACCGUGGCUAUGACUCCGCAGGUGUAGGUAUCGACUCCGUAGAUGGCGGGGUGACUUUGGUCAAGCAGACUGGGAAGGUCAAGCGCCUCCGAGACAAGAUCGAAUCCCAGAAGGACUCUCUCGGCUUCGACCAGGAACUCGAGACGCACAUUGGCAUCGCCCAUACCCGAUGGGCAACCCACGGUGUGCCCUCGGACAUUAACUCGCAUCCCCAGAGGUCCAAUGAGGCCAAUGAAUUCGUCGUUGUGCACAAUGGUAUCAUCACCAACUACAAAGACGUCAAGCAGUUCCUGGUGCAGAAGGGACACAAAUUCGAGUCGGACACAGACACCGAGGUCAUUGCCAAGUUGGUCAAACACAUCCACAGUCUUCACCCAACUUAUUCCUUGAGGGAGUUGGUUGAGCAAGUCAUCCAGCAGUUGGAAGGUGCCUUUGCUUUAUGCUUCAAGAGCAUGCACUUCCCUGGUGAGGUUGUAGCAACUCGUCGAGGAUCACCCCUUCUUGUUGGGAUCAAGACAAAGACCAAACUUGCUACAGACCAUAUUCCUGUCCUCUACAGCAAAGACUCCCCCGAGAAGGUGGAACUCAAAGACACCCAGUCAGAUCAUCGUCCACAUGGCCAUGAAAUUCCAUCACACGGUCUUGCACGAUCACAGUCCACCUCAGAAUUUCUCCCACAAGGAGACAACAAAGAAGUAGAAUAUUUCUUUGCUUCUGAUGCAUCUGCAAUCAUUGAACAUACUGACAGAGUCAUAUAUCUUCUUGAUGAUGAUGUAGCAAGUGUCGAUACAGAGGGCGUUUUGAAGAUCCACAGACUGAAAAGAUCUCUUGAAGACUCCCAUGCUCGUGAGAUUACUACAUUGAAGAUGGAAAUCCAACAGAUCAUGAAGGGCAAUUUCUCCUCAUUCAUGCAGAAAGAAAUAUUUGAGCAGCCUGAGUCCGUUGUGACCACUAUGAGAGGAAGAAUUAAUUUCGACAGUGAAACUGUAGUGCUCGGUGGAAUCAAGGAUUACAUCAGUGAAAUUCGUCGCUGCAGACGCCUACUUAUUGCUUGUGGAACAUCCUACAAUUCUGCAAUUGCCACUCGUCAGCUACUAGAAGAACUAACAGAACUCCCAGUUAUGGUAGAUUUAGCAUCUGAUUUCUUGGAUCGUAACACUCCUAUAUUUAGAGAUGAUGUUUGUUUCUUCAUAUCACAGUCAGGAGAAACAGCUGAUACCCUAAUGGCUUUGAGGUACUGCAAGCAACGUGGGGCACUUAUUGUUGGCAUCACUAAUACAGUAGGAUCUUCAAUUUGCCGUGAGUCACACUGUGGUGUUCAUAUCAAUGCUGGACCUGAAAUUGGUGUUGCCUCAACCAAGGCUUAUACUUCUCAGAUAAUUUCACUCGUAAUGUUUGCACUUAUGGUAUCAGAAGAUAGAAUAUCAGCUCAACCUCGUCGCUCAGAAAUAAUUCAAGGACUCCGACACCUCCCAGACCAAAUUAAAGAAGUACUUGAUCUAGAUGGUAAGAUACAAGAAAUCAGCAAAGAAGUAUUUGAGAAGAAGUCUCUACUAGUUCUGGGUCGUGGAUAUAAUUAUGCCACAUGCCUUGAAGGUGCCUUGAAAAUCAAAGAAAUCACAUACAUGCACAGCGAAGGUAUUUUAGCUGGAGAGCUUAAGCACGGACCCCUGGCUCUUGUGGAUAAAGGCAUGCCAAUCAUUAUGAUAUGUACACGAGAUAAAGUCUUUGUGAAAUGCAUGAAUGCCCUUCAGCAAGUAACUGCCCGCGAAGGUCGACCUAUUCUUAUUUGCCACAAAGGUGAUCAAGAACCCCAAAAGUAUGGUUCCCAAGUUCUGGAAGUUCCAAAAACUGUCGACUGUUUACAAGGAAUCCUCACAGUUAUUCCCUUGCAGCUAAUAUCUUACCAUGUAGCAGUACUGAAAGGAUGCAAUGUUGACUGUCCGCGCAAUCUUGCAAAGUCUGUUACUGUGGAGUGAAAUUAUUAUUGUUAUUAUGUCGAUAUUUUACACCGAAGUUACAGUUAAUUGAUGUAAAAUGCCUCUCCUCCUUGAAUGUGUCUGUAUAUGUGGUACUUAAAAUUUCCUACUUGGUUCAGGUUGUAUAUUUUACUCUUUGAUUGGGUGCUACUGUAUGGUGGUGAUUUAGUGUUUUGAGUCUUGAGAAUUUUCAUAUGCACGGUUUUAGUCAUUUGUCAGAUUGUAGGCAAAAGUUAGAUGAUUUUAUAUCCAUGUUUUGUCAUUGUUAAUAAGUUCUUUAAAGAUUUACAGCACUUGUUCCUUGGUUUGGUGAAAAAUUAUUUUGUUGUCAUUAGCAACGUCUUGACUGAUCUUUCACAUGGUGACAUUUCCUAAACUUUCAUAAGAAACUGAAGCCUUUUUUAAACAAAUUAUUUAUUAGUUCUUAGAGUAAUUCUGGUUUAAAGCAGCGGUUAAAACCUUGGAUGCAUUGUCAUACGUUUGUGUGAGUACUAAAAAUCUAUGAAAGCUUCCAUUUUUUGUACUUUUUCUCAUGUGCCUUCUUAAGUAUGAAGGAAUGCCAUAUUUCUGACUCCAGUAUAAUUUUGAACUCCAUAGGUGUUAUUCCUCACAUUGGAAUUGUAUUUUUAUAUAUUUAAACAUUGAAGGAUGUUACUUGUACUCUUAGAAAUCUAAUUUUUAUGAAGAGAAUUGGAUAUGUUUUUUGGAGGCAUUUUUGUUUGAAAUAUACUGUCAGUCAAACUCCUCUUAAGCAAAAAAAAAAAAACUUGGGAUUUUAAAGUUUCAUUUAUGUACAUAAUUGGCACCCACUGUCCUUAACACAUUCCUGCAUGACCAGGGCAAACACAAUACCAGUGAGUACUCACUGUAGACAUGAUUUUGGGUAUGUCAAUGGAAGAACAAUUUAUUCCCUUUUUAUGUGUUAUCUUCUUGAUGUAUUUUCACGUACUAGUUUUUUCUUCGAGUUCAAAGGUUUUCAAAGGUUUUGAAGUGUCAAGGAUCAUUUUUUAAAUAGAGUUCAAAUGGUUAUUGAUUAAUUCUGUUUUAUAGUUCAGAAAAGUUUAGCAUGAAUCUGUUGGUAUACCAUAUGAUAGUAGUACAUACUAUUCUUUUUUAUUUAAUUGGUAUUGAGACUAGUUUUCUUAAUAUCUGCAAAACAUGUAUCUAUUAAAGCCUGGAAUCUGGUUUGCAGGUUUCAAUGCCGCUAAGAGUCGUAAUGUGCAAUAGUAGUUAUCUUUUCUUACAUUCCUGUUAAUGCUUGUAAAAACAAACAAAUAGUGCUGUGAUAGGCUCAGGGGAAACCUAAACGCUAUAUUUGGCAGUAGUACCACAUUUCUUUUCGUCUCUAUUACCUUUGUAAUUGUAAUGAAAAAUAUUUUUUAUCUUUCUUCCAGAGAAGUGUGGAAGUUGUUUGAAAAAAUAAAAAUCUGUAAAUGA